CAGUUCGGUUGGUCUCAACUUCAACUUCACACGCCAUUCUUUAAACUACAGCCCUGUGUAUACUUACCUUAUUCUUAUCUUAUUCGACGAAGCACAAUUAUGGAGACACACCGAGCUGCUGUCUUGACUUCGCCUCAAGGCUCAGAUGGGAAGCCUACGUUUGCGGUGCGGGAUGAACCGCGGCCAGUUCCAGGACCGAAUGAAGUUCUUAUCCGCCUAUCAGUGACGGGUCUCUGCGGUUCCGAUCUCGGUAUGGCCAUGGGCCAUUUCGGACCCCUCGAUAGGAAGAUUCUCGGCCACGAAGGAGUCGGUCGCAUUGCCGCCCUAGGCUCUAACAUUGCGGCCCUCGACCAAUCGGUCCAAGUUGGACAGCGAGUGGGUGUCGCCUGGACUCGCGAUACUUGCGGCAAUUGCGAGGCCUGCGUAGACCUCGUCAAUGAGGGUGAGACGCGCUGUGAAAAGACACUCCACUCUGGUAGAGCGUACGACGGUACAUUCGCUCAGUAUACGCUUGCGCCGCUGCGGUACUUGGCGAGACUUCCUGCCCAGUUUGACGAGGUGCCUGACGAGGAGGUUGCGCCUAUCCUGUGUGCGGGUGUCACUGCUUACAAGGCGAUUAAGAAUUGCCAUGUUACGCCGGGCUCGUGGUUCGCCAUCUCGGGAGCCGGAGGAGGUGUAGGUGCCCUAGGCGUCGCGUAUGCCCGUGCAAUGGGCUACCGCGUCAUUGGCGUCGAUGCUGGCCCGGAGAAGGGUGAAAUCUGUAAAGACCAGGGAGCCGAGGUCUACAUCGAUGUUACCGAGCCUGGAACUCUAGCCGAGAAAGUCAGAAAGGCAACCGGAGGGUAUGGGGCAAAGGCAGUGGUGGUGGCAGCUACGGCAACUGCUGCUUACCAGGAUGCCUUUGAGUUGCUGGCGCCAUUCGGGACACUGAUGUGUGUUGGCAUUCUGCCUUGGGAGGCGAAAGUAAAUUUUAAUCCCAUCUGGCUUAUCGGGAAGGGUUGGAAGAUCCUGAGCUCCUCUGUUGGAUCGCGUGCCGAUAUUCUUGAGGCAUUGGAGUUUGUCAGACGACGUGUGGUCGUUCCCAAUGUCCACGUGGGCAAAAUCGACGACUUGGAGGAAUUAGUGCAGACUAUGCACGGCGGUCAACUGAAGGGCAAGUGGGUUUUGAAGCUGGACUAA